GCUCCCCGGAGAGGGGCGGUCGGUGCCUGCGCAGAGCCGCCUCCUCCCCGCCCCCGCCCCGCCUCCGCCGCCGCCGCCGCCGCUGCGCCUCUGCUCCUGCCGUCCCCGCUGCAGUGCGAAGGUCUCGAAGAUGGCCGGGUGGCAGAGCUACGUGGAUAACCUGAUGUGCGAUGGCUGCUGCCAGGAGGCCGCCAUUGUCGGCUACUGCGACGCCAAAUAUGUCUGGGCAGCCACGGCCGGGGGCGUCUUCCAGAGCAUCACGCCAGUAGAAAUAGAUAUGAUUGUAGGAAAAGACCGGGAAGGUUUCUUUACCAACGGUUUGACUCUUGGCGCAAAGAAGUGUUCAGUGAUCAGAGAUAGUCUAUACGUUGAUGGUGACUGCACGAUGGAUAUCCGGACAAAGAGUCAAGGUGGAGAGCCCACUUACAAUGUUGCUGUUGGCAGAGCUGGUAGAGUCUUGGUCUUUGUAAUGGGAAAAGAAGGGGUCCAUGGAGGCGGAUUGAAUAAGAAGGCAUACUCAAUGGCAAAAUACUUGAGAGACUCUGGGUUCUAGCUGCUAGGCAGACUGUUAAGUAUUAGGAGAAAAUUGCUCUUAAAUUUUCCUAGCUGUAAGCUUAAGUCUUAAUUCUGGAAAUUUUAUUAGCAAUGCAGGGUGAUGGGAUAUGAACCUGUGUCUCCUUUGUAUCCCUCUGCUGGUGGGGAAAGGUGUCUCUUUCUGCCCCUCCCCCCCUUAAAUAAUUUGUUCACUUUGUUUUGUUUCCUUGUGUACUCCAGCAUUGGUUAUAGUCAUGGGAAAGGAAGGUGUCCACGGAGGCACACUUAACAAGAAAGCAUAUGAACUCGCUUUAUACCUGAGGAGGUCUGAUGUGUAAGCAGCCUCUCCCCAUCUACCUAGCAACUGUCUUCAUCACUACCCCAAUUAUGGUCACAGUGCUACCAGACUGUAGAUGGUAGCUACUUCUUUAUCUAUUUUCUAAUGUCAUGAUUCCUGUUUGCCCAAAUUAUCAUUUGUAUGUUAACCACUGUAUGUAACCAACCUUUAUCUGGCAUCAUAAUUGCAGCACAAUAAUGAUUUGCAUGAUACCUUGAAAUUGGGGGGAGGGGGCAUGCCAAGUUGGGCAUCACUUUGUCUUAGCAAUUAAUGGGAUAUUGAUUACUAAAAUAAGUUAAUAUUGAGCAAGGUGCCGGUUGUACAAUCUCUAAUUUGAUCAAUGUCUUUUCAGCACUUUGAGCAUUUACUUGGCUCAUUUAGUCUUCCUUUUGUAGCGCAUGGUUGGGAGGAAAAAGUGCAUGCAUCUUUACUUCACUCUUCUCACCCCCUCCCUUUGCACAUAAGGUAUUUGGUUUGCUUCCAUUCUCUUUUGUGCAGUGCCUGGUUUACUUAACCCAGUUAAUACCUCUUUUGUUGAUGAGCUAUUGAGAGCUGCGGUAACUUGCUUUUAAUACUGUGGUUGCACUUGAGAUAAACGUUUUUGUAGUGUCUACAGGACAUAUGAAGAGUGCAACUGUAAACGAAGCAAAAAGCACUUCCUCCCAUGACAUUGUGGUGACCGUACUAAUCAAAUCCCCAGGAACAUUCCACCAUGGCAGUAGCUCGGACUUCCUAUCUUUUUCUUUGCACACCAGCUCUACUCUUUAGUAAAAUUGUAAACGGCUGCCAUUAUGGACAUAGGUACCCAAAUAACCAUCUGGAGUGUGUCCAGUUUAUUCUUCAUAGGACCAAUUUUUAUUUGCAGCUUAGGUUUUUAUAUGAAGUUGCAUUAUUGUGGACUUGGCUGUCUUGUGAUGAAUUUUUUUCAUAUGUAUUCUGUGCCAUACUAUUGUUAAACUGAACUGUUGCUAUUGUGAGAUGGAUUUUCUUUCGAAUGGCACUACUUUAGGGACAUUCUAGUAUUUGCUUCUAUUGUUUGGGCAUUGUGGAUAAUGUACAGAUUUAAAAACAAAUCUUGUUGCUGAUUUGUCCAUUUCUUUCCCUGCACUUUGUUACAUCUGGGAUACAGUCUAACUCAUCUGAUUUAAUAUGCAUUUAAAAAAAUGCCAUAACUAUUAAACACCUUGUUUACAGACAGAUGAAAUAAAUUUAUUCCAACCAAA